UUAGUCGAGUCACACAAUCUCUGCAGUAUAAUUCAAAUCAAUCGAACCAGUCAAAAAAGUGACGAAAAAUGCAUUAAUUGGCAAGCUAUGAUAAGCCUUGGAAUCUUAAAGUUUGCUCUUCCUAUUUAUAAUUUAUUUUUCGUUUGUAAUUCUUACUGUUUGCAUAUUUUUGGAAGGAAUAAUGCGUUUCAAUUCAAUCGAUCAGAAAUGAGAGAAGCAGACAAUAACAAAGUUAAAAUCGGUCCGAAAUCAGUUAAAAUAACUUGUGUUCACUGCAGCACUAUUAUCAAAACGGAUAUUGUCUCCGAACCAUCAAUGAUGACUCAUAGUGCCUCAAUUAUGUUAAUUCCAUUCUGCUGUUGCUGUUUACCGUAUUGCUGUAAAUCCUGCAACGACGUGCUACAUUAUUGUCCAAGAUGCAAAGAAUAUAUUGAAACCUAUCGUCGUUAUUGA